CCCAGGAGGAGAUACCCCAAGUUCAACGUCAGGAGCAGUGACUGUGAUGUGCUGGAGCAGCCGUGAAGAGAUAUCCCAUGUCCAAGGAUGUAUUGUCCAGAAGGCGAGGAGAAAGAUCCCUCGGAGGUCAAGAAGAUCAGUGACCAGCUGGUUAAAGAGGGUUAGUUGUUGGCCACAUAAUAGGGUGCACGCUCUCACUGACCCAGAUGAAGAGCUCCCUGAGGGGCAGGUGGAGGAGGUAUCCAAUUCAACGUUGGAGGAAGAGGCUCUGCCCAGCUCUGUGACAUGUGAAGCAGACAACGAACAUGCUUCCCAGGAGAGUCUGGUGAUGGCACCCUUCCAGGACUUGCCUGAGGUACAGGCUCUGAGUACUGUGAACUCACAGGAAUCUGGGGAAGCCAGUGAACACGCUUCCCAGGAGAGUCUGGUGAUGGCACCCUUCCAGGACUUGCCUGAGGUACAGGCUCUGAGUACUGUGAACUCACAGGAAUCUGGGGAAGCCAGUGAACACGCUUCCCAGGAGAGUCUGGUGAUGGCACCCUUCCAGGACUUGCCUGAGGUACAGGCUCUGAGUACUGUGAACUCACAGGAAUCUGGGGAAGCCAGUGAACACGCUUCCCAGGAGAGUCUGGUGAUGGCACCCUUCCAGGACUUGCCUGAGGUACAGGCUCUGAGUACUGUGAACUCACAGGAAUCUGGGGAAGCCAGUGAACACGGAGGUUUCCUUCUUACACAGCACAAGUCACCUGUGAACUUUCUCAGCACUUCUCAUCACCUCUGCACACUGUCUAUACAUUACCUGAUUCUUUCCUCAGCUCAGCCAUUCCUCAUGUUUGCUUAAUAUUCAUUUUCCUCACGUGAAGAAGGUGCUGAGGACAAUGGCCCAAGCUCUCGACCCUCCUUUGUUGAAAAGCCAAACUGAGAACCUCGGCGUGUUCCCAUUGUGACUGCUCUGGACCCCUGACCUUCAGUUAUCACUCAGCGUUAAAAUCCUAGUCACGGAGCAAGGGGUCCAUGCAUCUGUGUUUUUGCCUGGAUGUACUAGAGCUCCACAGGUCCAGACCGUGUCCAUCAUUGUAAGAUGGUCUCAGUGGUCAAGGAACCCAGGGCAAAUAGAAGUAGAUUAUCACCAACGUUGGCACAGUCAUUACUGUGAUAGGCACUUAGGCACUGACAAUCCUCCUGGUCAGUUCACAGAUCUGAGAGGUGUAUGCCCUGGUUUAGACAGGACAGGCCAAAUCUGUUGGUGCUAGUGUCAUUGCUUAACCAAGGACAAAAGCAGAUUACCAUCAGGGAGAUAUUUCACUGUACGGGGUGACAACACCCUAAGCCUUACAUUGGUUAAACCCUGCAGCACACUCUCAAGGGAAGGUGUCAAAUAGAUCUCACGGUGGGACUUGACAGUCUGCUUGGUGACAUUGACUCUUGUAAACCUCCUGCAUAGCCGAGUCCAAGAAAUUCAACGUUUACCCCAUGCUUUCUCUCCAUAAUGAACUGUCCCACUCAAUGUAUGGCUUCUCUGAGUGUGAACAGACAUUCAUUCAGGGACGUGCAAAUAUUCUUUGGGAAAUGAAGACUGGCAAGAAACAUGACCUGAAUGAUACUGGCUUAAUAGCUAUUUGGCAA